GUCCAGGGGAGAUUCCCAAAGCACAGCCCUGGCUCAGGAGGGAAUCUUCAUCCCAAGGGUGAAAGCCAGGCGUGGGCCGGACUGCAGGAAGCGCAGCCCAGGAUGAUCCAGCGGCACCAGCUAGUGCAGUCUGUACUGCAGGAGCUGCAGGAGGCCACUGAAUGCUUUGGGCUAGAGGGACUAACCAGUGCAGCCCUGGAGGCUGAGAGGACCUUGUCCUCUUUCUCCCUACCCAGCUACUGCGGGAGGCAGUUCCAGGAAGAGUUGGAAGUUGACCGGGUGGCAAGAAGCCUGUAUCCGGAGGACGCCCCAAGCAACAUGCUGCCUCUGGUCUGCAAGGGGGAGGGGAACCACCUGUUUGAGGCAGCCAGUGUGCUGCUGUGGGGGAACCCCAGCCUGAGUCUGGAGCUGCAGGUGCGCACAGUUGUGGAGAUGUUGCUGCACAAGCAUUACUACCUGAACGGCAUGAUUGACUCCAAGGUGAUGCUGCAGGCUGCCCGCUACUCCCUCUGCACCGAGGAGUCCCCUGAGAUGACCAGCCUCCCUCUGGCCAUCCUCGAGGCCAUUUUUGAUGCUGACAUCAAGGCCACUUGUUUCCCUGGCACCUUUGCCAACAUGUGGCAUGUCUACGCCCUGGCCUCGGUGCUGCAGUGUAACAUCUACUCCAUCUACCCCAUGAGCAACUUGAAGAUCCGGCCAUACUUCAACCGCCUCAUCCGGCCCAGGAAGUGUGGCCCACAGACCUCCACACUCCACAUCAUGUGGUCAGGGCAGCAGCUCUCCUCACAGGUCUUCAAAGCACAGUACUUUGUGGCUGUGGUAGGCCUGGAAGAACUGGAACCCACAAGCCCUCCUCCAGAGCCUCCAGUCCAGCCAGUCCAGACUCUGGAGCUGCUGAAGAGUGACCCCCGGCUGACCUACUUUAAUCUGUGUGACCGCUACAGCAUCACCAAGAGCACCUUCUACCGCUGGAAGCGCCAGUCCCGGGAGCACAGACAGAAAGCAGCCACCAGGUUUGCAGCCAAACACUUCCUGCAGUCUUGCUUCCAAGAGGGCAAUGUGAUUCCUCUUCAGCACUUCCGACAAAUGUUCCCAGAAAUCUCCCGCUCCACUUACUAUGCUUGGAAGCAUGAGAUGCAGAGCAUGGUCAAUGGUGGCGAUACCUCUGCUCCAGCUGAGGCUAUGGUGUCACAGGAGCCUCAUGGAGACCAUCAAAAAAAGCCCCACCCAGACAGGGAUGAUGCAGCAAAGUCAGAGGGGGACCUAAGGCCAAAGAUCCCUUCCCUGGAGCCCAACCAAGCAGGAAUCUUCAUGCAAGGAGCCAAGUCAUACCUAGAGAAAUGCAUCUCCAUGAACACUCUGGUGCCCUACAGGUGCUUCAAGCGCAGCUUCCCUGGUAUCUCCAGGUCCACCUACUACAACUGGCGGAGAAAAGCAAUUAAGGGGAACCCCAACUUCAAACCCCCUCAGCCUCCCUCAGUCAGCCAGAAGCCCCUAGUGAAAGGGAAGGCAUAUCUGCCAUUCAAGCCUGGAAAUCUGCCUGGCAAGAAAAGGCUGAAUGGACACCGACCAGAGCCCAGAAGUCUCCUCCAGCUCAAACCCUCUCUUUACAACUGGAGAAAGCAGCUUCGAGACGUGGCCAAGAGGCAUGUCCAGCAGUGGCGGCUGCCAUUCUGCAAGUUCCGCCUACGAUACCCGGGCUUCUCCUCCACAGCCUAUUGGUUCUGGAAGAGAAGCAGCCAACAGAUGAACAAGCAUCCUCUCUGGACCAGCUCAUCCCAACAGCUGAGUCAGGUCAUCUCAGAGGCUCCUGGAAAAGCAGAGCCUGCGAUAAAGCCACGGUCACAAAUGGAAGUGGCUCCCAGGCAUCUAGACAAGCAAGCAUCAGUCACCCCCUACAAUGCCACAAUCUCGGGCUAUGCCAUGUCGGAAAGAGCCAACAGCCGGAUGUUCGUGAUGGAUGUGAUUGCCACUGCCCAGUUCAAAGCUCAGGCCAAACUGUUCCUGCAGCAGCGCUUUGAAUCGAAAACCUUCCCGACCUACAAAGAGUUCAGUGCCCACUUCCCCCUCACGGCACGCUCCACCUACUACAUGUGGAAGCGUGCGCUGCACGAUGGACUGACACUAGUGGAUGCCUGAGGGUGGGCUGCCUGCUGGAACCUGCUCUCUGCCCUCCAGGCGGGAGGGCAGUGUUUGUGAGCUGUGAUUCAGCUCUAGCUAUCUUUCUUUGUUUUUUCUCUUAUUUUGUUUUCCCUUCUGUUUUGGCUAGAUCUGGUCUUGGGGUACAGGGACCAGGUCUGCACAUUGCCAGUCCCUGGAGGUGUGGGGAGUGGAGUGAGAGCUCUGGUUUGUGUUGGGUUAAUUUCUGGGCUGCCAAGAUGCCCCAAAAGAAAAAGGCAAAAUGGAGCUUGACUUCUCCCGGUGCUUAGGCUGGGAUACAAGGUGGUGGAAUGGGGGAGAGGGAGGGAUAUGUGACUCUGAAAUGUUCCUGUAGGUGCCAUGGGUAUAAAUGCCCUUAAUUCAUGGGCCAACAAGCUGCGGGCCAACAAGCUGCAGGCCUCCAUUCUAAAUGCUGCAUGCAAGAUUUGCGGGCUCAUCUGCCCCUGGUCACUGUCCAACCCAAAAUCAAUCUUGUUAAUGUCAAGAUUUUCUUGGGAAUGAGGUGAGCCGUAUGGUGCCUGGCACAGAGGUCAACAAGCUCAUUCUUGCCCAGGCCCCAAGAAGUGGUGCUGAGACUGUCCCAGGCAUGGUGUCCUUAAGAAUUCCUAACAGCCCAGCCUUGGGUGAGGGCACCCUGGAGGCUGCACUGACUGUUAGGGAGCAGCCUCCCUGCUUUGGUGUAUUCCUUGUUGGCUUAGGAGCAGGGGCUGGGAGCUGAGGAGCGGUUUAGCUCAGGCACAGCAGUGACAUGAUCUGGGGUUUUGUGAUUGUACUAAUUCUAGAGGCCAUGUGACUCUGUGGCUUCCCUGAUCACUCAUUGCCCUGCCUAUAGUCACAGGAGACAAGACUUCCUGGCAUUCCUUGGUUGGCAAGUGGAUUGUGUUCCUGUUUCAUUCGGUCUGCCCUUCCCCCUCUGGGAAUGAUCACAUGUAGAUCUUCAGCUAAGCAGGGGCCUUUUGGUCUUGUCCCAUUCAAACCUGUGUCUUGCAGUCCUUUGCAGGCUCUGGAGAAAGAUAACUUCCCUGAGUCCUCUGACCUAAUAGCAAAUGACCUCACUCCUGUGCCCCUCUGCAAUCCCAGUCAGCGUGUGCCUUUAUGUUCCUGUUCUCCAGGAGCGCCUAUUUCACAGGAGUCUAGUAGGACACCCCAACCUGCUGCCCACUGCAGGGGGUAGAGAGACAGCACCAUGGGCUGGGGGUGGGGUUCUGCUUUCACUAUCUAAAAGGAACUGUAAGAGAGGGGGGAGGGUGACCCAUGGCUGAGCCCUAUGCUGAGACAGGGCUGGAUGUGCAUGUGUGACCUGUAGAAAUUUAAAGCAAUAAAGACCCUUCCACUCCCAGCCCUGUGUGGUGUCUCUCUCAUCUCACCCCCUUGUCUGACUGAAAUGCCUGAGUGAGGGUUGUUGCCCUCCUGUUUGUUUGUAGAGGAAAGCUGGGCCCCCAACAGGGUGAUAGUUUCUCUGUCUGCAGGGCCCCGUGCAGACAGCAGCUGUACAGCUUUCCCGCAUGCACCAUCUGCCCUGAGCCUGUGGCAUCACCUCUAGGGAGGAGAUGGGACUUCAGGCUCCCUUCCCCUCUGCUGCAAUGGGCUAGCAGGGAGGGCAGUUUUGUUGCUUUGAGUACCCACCAGCUCAUCUCACUGAACAGCUAGCAGGGAUGCGAUGGAGGACAGAGAGAGGGAAGAUUAUCUAGCCCUUCUCCCUACCAGCGGGGGCAGCUCCCUACAGCAUAGGGCAAGGGCUAACACCUAUGGGUUACUGCUGAGCUGGGCCAGAUCUAAACCAGUGACAUAGGAACUGAUCCAGUCCCUAUUCAGAACAAUGGGGGUCUCUAUAUUGACUUGAAUGGAAGCCUCAUCAGGCUCAUACAACUGAAUGCUACAGGCAAGCUGUCCCCUUCUAAUAAUGUUAGAAAAUGAGCUGGGAGUUGCACCUCUGGCUGAUACAGGGGUGGUUUCCCACCCACAGGGGCCUGUCCCACAUAGAUAUAUUUAUAGAGGUGGCAGGGCAGAGAGACACCACAAUACAGGCCUGCAGUGACUAUCCUGCAGUCUGUCUGUGGCAUGCAGCAGCACGCACCCCCCAGCUGCUGACAAAGGGAAGGGAAGCUACUGCCUGUUAGAAAUAACCCCAGAUGGAGGAUCUGGAGGGUGCUUGUACAUUUAUUAUUAGUGGCCUCAGGCAUCUAGUGUGCAAACAAACAUAGGUAAAGAGACAGUCCUUGCACUGACAAGUUCACAAUCAAAGGGACGCACAAAUCAUCAUAGCAAGUGUCUGACAGAGAGCUGAUUUUUUUCAAAAAUAAAUUAUUUAAUAUGCUGUGAAUGGGGUGAUAAAUCUGCUCACUCCCUGUCCCUGCAGAAAAAGUGGUGGUGAAAGGGGAUCACAGCCAGCAGGUGGUGCUCUGAUAAAGGGAGACUGGAAGUGCAGACAGUGUUUAAAAUGCACAGUUCCCCACUCAGCUGCCCCUGCC